AUGGAUCCUUUUUCAAUUCUUCUCACAUUGACGCUGAUUAUACUGGCCCAAAAUGCAGUUAGAAUUGUCGGCAAGUCCCAAAUCCAUCAGUCUAUAUGGAAUUUGUAUCUUAGGUAUAGCAAUGAUCAACAGAUCUUAAAGCUGAGGAAUCUUAAAGCAGAGUCUUACGACGUUUAUAAGCAACGGUCUAAUACCAGUGCUCAGGAUGAGUAUGCUAAGUGGACAAAACUGAACAGAAAGUACGAUCAAUUGCAGACUGAAAUUAAAGCUGUCUCAGAUCAGGUAUCCCAACAACAGCAGGCUAUUGAAAAGUAUUUGGGAUUGGCCAUUAGUGUUACUACAACUCUCCCACUGUGGCUAUUCAGAUUCAAAUAUAGAAAGCAGCCUCUCUUUUACUUUCCAAAGGACACUUUCCCUAGCUAUUUGGAGUGGAUUCUAUCAUUCCCUUCUGUUCCUCAAGGCUCAAUUGGGAUUAUGUUCUGGAUUCUUUUGCUCAACAAAUUCGUUUCCAACUUGGAAUUUAUUGUCAAGACAUUUUCCACUAAGGUGGAAAAACCCGUUCCAAUUGUUAAGGUGGAAGAUCUGUCUCCAAAGUAG